CACUUUGUUUUUUAUUCCCACACUCUUUUCUGUGCUUAGGGCCCACCCACUAUAGACACACUUCCUGCUGUGUCCAUGAGAUCCACACACACACACACACACACACACACACACACACACGCACAAACAAAAAGGCUUUUCCUUGAAGAAGUUGCUGAUCUCUACAGCAGCAUGCUUGGCCUGACAACAGCAGCAAGACGUGCUGGAAUAAUGCUCCUGAGCAGACGCCUGGCGCUGGCGUUGCCCUCCAGCAGCAGAGCCACCAUGGCGAGUCACGGAGAUGUGAGUCAGGUGGAGCAGAUGUCCAAGCCCAUGUACUGGGACCGCGUGGACACGCCGUUGCCGGACAGGCCUUACAAGGACGAGCUGAGUGCUGCCGACAUGAGCCUCAAACAGAAGGAGAAAGGAUCUUGGAAGCAGCUGACCAAAGAGGAGAAGAUAGCCUUGUACCGCCUGAUGUUCCGUCAGACCUACCCAGAGAUGAGGCAGCCCACUGCAGAGUGGAAGACGGUUAUGGGGGCCUUCUUCAUCUUUCUGGGCUUCACCGGUCUGGUGGUCUGGUGGCAGGCCCUGUAUGUGUACGCGCCUCGCCCUCCGACCUUCGAUGACGAGUUGCAGGCCAAACAGGUGAAGAGGAUGCUGGACAUGAGGAUCAACCCGGUAGAAGGUUUCUCCUCCCAGUGGGACUACGAGAAGGGCAAGUGGAAAUAAAAGGGAAAUGAAGUGGAAACUAGAAGAAGGAAGCAAAAAAUCAGGAUCAUUAUUACUAUUUGUGUGUGCUAGAAAAUAUACAAUAAUAUAAAUAAUAAAGCUUGACUCCGUCCAA